GAUAGAUAGCUGUGUGAGAGAGAGAGAGAGAGCAGUGCGGGCAGAGGACUACCAGUACUAUCCGCUGCGGACAGAAAGUGGAGGGCGAAAAAUAACUCUCCAAACGACAGCUUGCCGUAUGCCAAUGUUCAAAAAUACUCAGUUUCGGUAGAGGACAAGGGAUCGAGAAUCAGUCGCAGAAGAUUUGAGCUUCGGUCAUCUGAAAGAGGAGUGUAUAAAGAUGUCGUCUCCAAGUCCGGGCAAAAGACGAAUGGACACCGACGUGGUGAAACUGAUCGAGAGUAAACAUGAAGUCACAAUCCUGAGUGGACUCAACGAAUUCGUAGUGAAGUUUUAUGGACCACAAGGAACACCGUAUGAAGGGGGCGUAUGGAAGGUGCGAGUAGAUCUUCCAGACAAAUACCCCUUCAAAUCUCCAUCUAUAGGAUUUAUGAAUAAGAUUUUUCAUCCAAACAUCGAUGAAGCGUCAGGGACCGUGUGUUUAGAUGUGAUCAACCAGACAUGGACCGCUCUUUAUGAUCUCACCAAUAUCUUCGAGUCGUUUUUGCCACAGUUGCUGGCCUACCCGAACCCAAUCGACCCUCUGAACGGGGACGCAGCAGCCAUGUACCUGCACCGGCCGGAGGAUUACAAACAGAAAAUCAAAGAAUACAUCCAGAAAUAUGCAACAGAGGAGGCUCUGAAAGAGCAGGAGGAAGGACCGGGCGACUCCUCUUCAGAAAGCUCCAUGUCUGACUUUUCAGAGGACGAGGCUCAGGACAUGGAGUUGUAGUUAAGGGCGACAGUUUCUCCCCUUUACCACAGAGACUAUAUUAUUUCCUAACCAUGCGAAGCAGACUAUAAAAAGAUUCAUAUUUAAACAAGGUGAUUUUUUUUAUUUUUAUCGUUAUUAUUACUAAACCAGGAUUUUUAUGGAUAUCUAGCGUUGACGAUGAAUACGGCACCCUCUCUAGGUGUUCUAUCUCUACUUCUUGGUGGUUGUUUUUUCCCCCUCUCCCCUUUUUUCUCUCUUUCGCUCUCUAACUCGCUCUCUUCGACAAUUAAAAGGCUCGUCGUUUUUUUUUCCUCUCCCCUUCUUGAAUCCACAUUUGGUAGCUGCGUAGCUGGAGUGCAUGUCAUCACCUCCCUAAUCCACCUUUUCCGACGCAGACUGACCGGACGGAGGCCGUAUUUAAACGGUGUGCCCAUUUUUUCGUCCCCUUGUGAUGUUACUAACGUGCUGAGAGUCGUGUCCGUGAUGCUCUGAUAUACAAAUCCCUUCAGCUUAGGCUUUCUCCACAAGGAUGCACUUCAGGUUGGACCUGACACAUCUCAGCGGCAUAAUCAUUUGCUUUCCUGGUUGUCCCUUUUCUUUGUAACCAGCUGUUUUAAGAAUUAAAAUGCUUUCCUUUUUUUCUUUUAUAUUCGAGUCUCACCUUGAGAGGAAAGUUUCCACGCUGUACGUUAAACCAAUCAUCAGGAUUUUACAAAAACGGCGCACGCUUUCUGCUCACCGAUCAAGCCCACGACACAACGCCAGCGGAAAUAUCAAUUCAACUCCCUUUGCGUUCCUUUUUAGAGGAUUUAGAUGUAGGUUAGUUCACCGAAGCUUUGUUUUUUACCUCCACAGUGACCUUCACACACACACAACAACAAAAAAAACACAAGGAAGUGACUGUCGUGCUUUACAGAGCACAAAUCCUUUCUUUUUUUUGUACCAACAUUGUAUGCACAGAGUGUUUGUCUUUUUUUCUCUUUCUGUCUCGCACCCUCGAGCAUCUUCUUUUGUACAUUUGUUGUAUGAUGCGGAAGUCGUGUAGGACUUUGUUGGUCUAGCCUAGAAGAAAACCUUAAAGAGAAAAGAGACAAAAAAAAAAAAACGAAGAAGAUUUUUGCUAACAUUUGUAGAGUUCAUCAUCUUUUUCCUAUUGCUUGUGCAUAACUAUGAUAGCUGUCGUUUGACCUCAUGUAGAUCUAGUUAGUUUUAACCGGGUGGUGAAUUAAGAAAAACAAAAUAGAUGUUCAUAUGGAUUUAGGUCUCGUAACCUGCUUUGUCUGAAUACGGAUGUUUUCUGAAGGAUCCAAUUUGGUAAGAUCUGCCUUGGAGUGGUUUUUAGGAGAAGACCCGAGUAACUGACGCCAGACAGGCGGAGGUCUUCUUGCUUUUGAAUUUCAGCAUCUGCAGAUAUCAUCAGUGGCAUGUUGGUAACAUGAAGAACCAGAUUUAGUUUGUUUGCGUGCGUGUGUGUGUGUGUGUGUUUUGCAGUAUUCUCACAAAUCUUGCAUUCUGAAAGCACUUGCAGAUUCAUUCAUAAUGCAGAAUGUAAAUGAAACAAGUUUUGACAGCGCUUCUGAAAAAUGAGCGUCGAAUCUUGACCAAAUUUCAUAAGGGGAGGUGUUUGAUUUCAGCUUUAGAGCUUCAGUUCUCUCCUGUUUUUCUUUAUGGGCAAAACAUUUCAAGUUGUUUUAACCCGAGUCGAGAAUCAGCCAAACUGUGCUAUGGACGUUUUUGAGUCUAAAUCUGUUAAAGGGGGUUCAUGUUUUCCAGAAUUAUAAUAAUUAUUAAAAGAAAAGACCUCCUAUAUGCAGUAUUGUAUUAAUAAGUUCAUAAGGAGAGACUUUGUUUCACAUUUGUCAUACACUUAUGGAGAAAACACACACGUUGUGGUUUGGUUGGCUGGGUGAACAUUUUGCCAUGGCUAGCAACACACACCCUGACAAAACACGGCAAACUCAGCUGUCUAUUUAAUUUCUGCUUCAUUUUUUAUUUUUGAUCCCUUUAUGAGACACGAAAUGUGGCCGUUUGAUUUGAAACCCAUUUGUUUUUAACUGUCAUGUCAGCAACUAUCUGAGAAUCUCAAAUAAACAUGUAUAAGUGUGCUUCCAUUAUAAUUAGACAUUUAUUUGCUGAAUUUAUUUACUAAUUUUUUGAAUUAUUAUAUUGUUCACCCCCUCCUUUUCCAUGUUAAUAGCAGACGCACCCAUCUGGAGCAGGUAAUAUGUGCUAAAUAAAAGGUGUUUGGGUUUGAAGGGAGUUAUUCUUUCCUUUUUUCUUUUUUUUUUAAGUUAGUGGGUUGGGGUGGAGUAAAUAAUAAUGACAGUGUGUCCUUUGUGUUUUGCACCCAUAAGCCCCCCACGCGCACAAGUACCUAUACACAUAUACAUCCAGGGGACAGCAGUUAUUAAUGUUGUGGUCUCCAGCUGUUUGUUUGCCUGAGAGGGAGAAAGAGAGAGAGAGAGAUCUGUCUUCCGGUCGGCGCCAUUGCCUCACAGGGGCCCCCAGCUGGCGCUCUCGGCUGUUGGCAUCGCGUCUCUAGCAUUGGUGUUGACUCGAGCUCUCCAGUGCACUUUUGCAUGCGUCCAGUGUAGAGUCCAGUCUAGUUGAGUCCUGGCUGUCCACUCCUUUAGUCCCUAUACCUGUGCUUCAAGAGGGUGCUCAGUCAUGGGGCUUAUGUGGGCAUACAGCAUGGAUUUUUUUUAAUAGUAUCUGUAUCUAGUACCUAGUGUGUGAUACGCUGAUUUAAAAAAAAAAAAAGAAAGAAAAAAAAUACACUUUUUUUUUUUCUUUUGCAUUUUUUUAAUCCCAGGUAUUCUGGUAAUUUGCCCCUUUUAUUUCCUUCUCCAUUAAUCUUACUGUUUAUUUGCCAUUCUGUUUUGUUUUUCUUUUGCAUUGUGAAGUGGGCAUGCCUGUCACAAGGGACAAAUGCUCUUUAUCUAUAGGAUUAUAAUCUCUUAAAUAGCUGUGUACAGUAAACUGUAAUAACUUCUUUUUUAAUAAAAUAUUAAAUAUGUGUACAAA